GACGAGGCUGACAAUCAGAUUUACAUCAUGUCCUCUUUUUCAGGGUCCUCUUCAUCCUAUCACAUCUCAAUGCUCCACGAUACCCAACUCAAAAGGCAACGGCGCUUCUUCAAUUCCCUUUUGCAUACGACAUACAACCACAAAAUCAUACUGAAUCGACACAAUGGCACAGUUUGUCCCUCGGCAAAGUUUUGUCGUACCGAACUCGAUACCGAAAACGUACUAUAUUGGCCAUCAUGCCAAGGGCUUCAGCGAGAUGACAAAAAUGAAGAGCCAUAUCUCUCUUGCUCUCGAAUGCCGCGACGCUCGAAUCCCUUUCACAUCACACAAUCCCAAUCUAGAUCGCAUCAUAGGCGGUAACGAACGAAUCAUCAUCUACACAAAAUGCGAUUACGCAACAGACACACCAAAUCUCCAGAACACACUGCGCAAGAUUUACGGUGAUAAUAUCAUCUUCUGGGACAAGCACAGACCCUCUACGACAGAUAGGUUACUCAAAAUGAUCAAGAGAGCUGCUGUAGCGCAAGAUUCAAUACUCGGUUUGCGGGCCAUAGUUGUCGGAGUGCCCAAUGUCGGCAAGAGUUCAGUGCUCAACGCUCUACGGUUCCAAGGCAUACGGAGGAAAUCCCCCAAGGUAGCCAAGACUGGAGGUCAAGCAGGCGUGACGCGCAAAAUGGGCACAAAUGUGCGCAUCCUCGACCCAGAGUGGAAGAGUGAGGGCGUAGGCCUAAAUGGAGCAUUUCUGUUGGACACCCCCGGCGUCUUCCCGCCCUACGUUCGUGACGGCGAGGCUAUGCUCAAAUUUGCGCUCGUCCAGGGCAUAAAGGACGGGUUAAUACCAACCGAGAUACUGGUAGACUACCUCCUCUACCGGAUGAACCUCUUCAAGCCGACCUUGUAUAAGAGAUACUGCGAACCCACCAACGAUGUUCAUGAGUUCCUUACCGCCGUUGCUUUGAAAGACGGCCUAAUAAAGCUAAAAGGCGUUCCUGAUUUGCAAUCGGCUGCUACCAGAAUCCUACAUUUAUGGCGACAUGGGAAAAUGGGCAAGUUUGUGCUGGACGAUGUAUCUGACGAGGGAUCAGAGAAGCAUCAGCAGUCUAUAGACAACCCUCCUCUAAGUCUAAAUCAAGCAAAGAAACAGAAGAAACAGGCAAUUGCACAAGAGAAGGCAGGCGCCUAGCAUGCUCAGGAAUUCAUUUCCGUACCAUACGUUGUAUACUAGAGCAUAUUCCAUGUACACUAUUUAAGCCUAUUCUGCCAUCUCGUGCCAAACUUGAUUCGAGUUGUCCUCCUCCCCG